AGUGGUGAGAAGAGUUUUCCUGAGAAGAUUCCACUAGUCGGAAGCUAUUUUCUCUUCUUGUAUACAAAAGGACCAUUUCAAAGGAAGGGUAAAACCGAAUAUUAAAGUCAUUAGAAUUCAGAUGUCCUGUUACAUUUCUGGAUGACUUUGGGGAUUUAGGAAUAGUGAAGGCAGGAACAGAAUAGUUGAAAAAGUAAUCAAGAAAAAACUACUUUGGCUUUAGUAACUCCCUAGCUCAAAAUCAGAACUCUACUUCAGUUUAAAAACUAGUGUUGUGCUCACUUAGGCAGCAUAUUACUAAAAAGCAGAAUGUUGUCUUUUUAACAUUAUUUAAUACUUGGAACCUUUUAUAUCUGACAAAAAUACGUAGCUGAAGACUGCAUGUUUUUGAUGGGGUGUUUUUCUUUUAACGUCUACAGACUGAAGGUUUAAGCAGUUGGCUCCAUCACAGCUGUUAAUUAUUUGGUAAACUGUGACUUUUGCAGCCACCCCUUAUUGCUCCAUCAGUGACUGAUGUUACCCAGACUGGACUAUAAAAGCUGUGGCCUCUGGGUCCUCACUGAGUGAGGACCAGAAUGUUUAAGACAGAACCAUUUUUGGCAGGAGGCCAUCAGCAGUUGUUUCCCUGCGAAAUCUGUGGGAGACACUUCGCAGAAGAUGUUCUGAAAAGGCAUGAACCAAUAUGUAGAAAACUCUUUGACAAAAAACGUAAACCCUUCAAUUCCUUGAAGCAGAGAUUACAGGGCACCGACAUUCCCACCGUGAAAAAGGCUCCUCAGUCUCAGUCUCAGCCUGUGAGGAAAUCUAACUGGAGACAACAACAUGAAGAUUUUAUCAACGCAAUUCGAUCGGCAAAGCAGUGCAUGCUAGCUAUGAAAGAAGGCCGGCCUCUGCCUCCUCCACCCCCUGCCAGCGUCAACCCAGACUAUAUCCAAUGCCCAUAUUGUAUGAGGAGAUUUAAUGAAACCGCUGCCGGCCGGCAUAUUAAUUUCUGCAAAGAUCAGUCUUCUCGUCGAGUCUUUGAUCCAGCUCAGACUGCAGCUAAAUUGGCAUCAAGAGCUCAGGAUAAGGCUCAGGUGAGUCCCAAGAAACAACCAACUGUAACUAGUGCCGUGGGAGCUUUGCUACAGAAUAGAGCCAUGGGAGCAAAGAAUGAGGCCUUGGGCAAGUCAGGAUCAGGUAUAGACUCUGCUUCUGGAGCAAACAGACAAGGAUUCAGUAAAUCUUCUAAAAAAGAUUAACUCCUAGAAGCCAG